AUGUACUGCGAAUAUCUUCGCGAACCUCAUAAGCAAAACCUCUACCAAGCUCAUACCUAUGGUGGAGUAUUCGCAUUUUCACAAUCUCUAAUCUUCUUCAUGUAUGCUGUAGCAUUCUGGAUUGGUUCAAUGUUUGUAAACAAUAGCUCAAUGCAGCCUAUCGAUGUUUAUAGAGUUUUCUUUGCCUUCAUGUUUUGCGGACAAAUGGUUGGCAACAUCUCAUCGUUCAUUCCUGAUGUGGUGAAGGCAAGACUAGCAGCUUCGUUGCUAUUUUACCUUAUUGAACAUCCUACGGAGAUUGAUUCGCUAUCCGAGGACGGCUUUAAGAGAAAGCUCACUGGGCAUAUAACUUUCCGCAAUGUCUACUUCAACUAUCCCACACGAAAGCAUACACGAAUUCUACGAGGAUUGAAUUUGGAGGUUGUCCAAGAAGCUCUGGAAGUAGCAAGCAAGGGUAGAACAUGUAUAGUUAUCGCCCACAGAUUAUCAACAAUUCAAAAUAGUGAUGUUAUAAUUAUGGUACAGGAGGGUAAAUCUGCUGAUAGGGGUACGCAUGAACAAUUGCUGAGACGAAGUGAUUUGUAUAAAAAGCUAUGCGAAACGCAAAGACUUGUG